AUGGUUGUCCGGAGCCUGAUGGAGGAGCAUUUGGCGGUGGCACUACAGAGCCUGGAGUGUCUGUAUAUGGAGGUGGGUAACUCUGAUUUGUGUCUGCUGAGGGACCAGGCUGAACGGGAUAUCCUUUCUGAGAUUCGCAGUCACCCUUACGAUCUGAAGGCACCACACAGAAUUAAGCAAAGACAGCCGGAUUCGCCAUCUGUACGCGGCUUUUAUAAACAACCGGGAAAAUGGUUCCCUCUCAAGUACGUUAUCUUUCUCAUCAUGUUACAACUCAGAAGGUGGCAGAACAGACAUGGUAACAAGGCAGGCAAGAAAAAAGCUGGUUAUGGCAUGGAGACACGCUUAUCUCUUGCUGAUAUGGAAGUUGCACAGCCUCUCUCUCCAGAUGCUAAGGCAUUUGAUGCUGUGUUCUUUAUGGCCGCUAACAAAGAUGGUUACUACUUUGCAGCAGGGACAGAGCGGAGACAGCAUGGCGUGAUUAAUGGACUCUGCUAUGUGGCUGUACCUGGCAAAGGUCUACUGUGCAGCCACAAGUUACCUGACACCGUCCUGUUUGGUGCAAAGAAUGAAGAGUUUGGUGCAGAAGGACUCUUGCUGAAACUUGUGAGACCCAUGAAGAAGUGGAAACUUAAUUACAAAGGAAAGAUGUGGUUGCAGUCUGAUCCCUCUCAAAUGUUUGAUGUGAAUUUUGAAGGAGCCUGGAGCUCAGACCUACCACCUUUCAACUAUGACACUGAUAUGUAUCCGCCUUCUGCUGCUAGGGCUUUCGCCAGAGAAACAUGGACAAGAGAAUAUUUCAAAGCCCUUAAAAAAGCUCAUCAAUCUCACUACGAACAAAUGGGACAUUUGAAUGCAACAAUUGAAAUCAAUGGUGAAAAACACACUGUCAAAAUGCCAUCAUUUCGUGACCAUAGUUACGGGGAAAGAAGAGACUGGAAUCUGAUGCACCGAUAUGCAUUCCACAUGAUCUUCCUAGAUGAUGGGACAAAGGCAACAACUGGGGUGAUCUGUCAGCCCUGUACUUCCUCCAGGCUGGAGGUAGGUUAUGUAUACACUCCAAGUGGUGAAGUUUAUGCACUGGAAUGGUGUGAUUUUGAGCUCUAUGAACAUGGAGAAGAUGGGAGACCUCCAACUGACUACAGCUUCAGCUUCAAAGCAGGUCCAACAAUAUACACAGUACAGGUGAAUGUGGAGUAUGCAGCAGUUCAUUACGUUGGGUGGAAAUGGGAAGCACGCAUGGUAGAACGCUUUGUUCAGUACACAGUCAAUGGCAUCCCAGGCCGUGGAGUGUCUGAAUUUCAUUAUUACAAUAAGGGUGGCAGGCCUUCAUCUGUGGCUGUCAAUGAUCCAUAUUGGUUCAAAAAGCUUACCUUAUAA